AGCUCCUCCCUGAGGCGCCGCCUGCGCUUCCCCGGAGGCGCCCUGCGCGAGCUGGGCCUCCACCUUCCUCAACGCUUCAACUGCUGUUACACCGCCAGCCGUGCUCCAAGACAGCGGAGCCAUGUUCCUUCUUCUGGUCCUUCUCACCCAACUUGGAGAGCUGCACGCAGACCCCCAUUCCGAUAAAACAUUUCUGGAAACCACAAUUCCUGAAAAGAUUUCAUCAUCUGAUGCAAAAACAGAUCCAGAAAAUAAUAUUGCUUAUAUCAUUACAAUAAAAGGAAAACCGUAUUUUGUCCAUCUCAGAAAGCAAUCAUUUUUAUCUUCGGUUUCUGUUGUUUACUUUUAUGACAAAGAUGACAUCCAAUAUUCUAAGCCUUUGUCAGCUCAGAUGGAUUGCAAUUAUCAAGGAUAUGUUGCAGGUUUUCCAAAUUCUCUUGUGUCACUCAACACUUGUUCAGGACUCAGGGGAACAUUGCAGCUUAAAAACAUCUCAUAUGGAAUUGAACCAAUGGAGGCCGUAUCAGGAUUCGUGCACAUGAUUUAUGAAGAAAAAAAUGAUAACACUAAUAUUCCUCUUUUAGGAGAAAAUAAGACUUAUAGCUAUAAUAACUUAUAUUAUCACAUCAGGAGGAGUUCAGAAAGAACUGAAUUUUUCAAGUUAUACCCUCAAUAUCUUGAAAUAUAUAUUGUUGUGGAUAAAAAUCUGUUUGAUUACAUGGGCUCUGAUAUAAAGGUUGUAACACAGAAGAUUAUUCAGAUAAUUGGCUUUGUUAACACUAUACUUUCACAAUUAAAACUGACUGUUGUAAUAUCUUCCAUAGAAAUCUGGUCAAAUAAAAACAAAAUUUCUACUACAGGGAAUCCUAAUAUUAUAUUAUCUAGAUUUUUAGAAUGGAAAUACAAACAUGUCUCCCAACCUCAUCAGACUGUAUACUUAUUUGCCUUCAAGAAACAUCCUAGUUUUAUAGGAGCCACAUUUCCUGGGAAAAUAUGUAAUAAGAAUUAUGCUGUAGGAGUUGCUCUGUAUCCAGAGGAUUUAUCCCUGGAGUCAUAUACUAUCAGUAUUGUGCAGUUGCUUGGCUUUAAUCUGGGAUUGAGUUAUGACAAUCCUGACACUUGUUAUUGUUCAGAAGAUGUUUGCACAAUGUCACCUAAAGCAGUGCAGUCUCGGGGUGUAAAGGAUUUUAGCACCUGUACGUUGGAUGACUUUAAAUACUUGGCCUCACAUUCCGGCCUUGGAUGUCUUCAGAGAAUCCUUCCUGAAAUGCCAGUUUAUAAACAACAAAAGAAAAGGACAUGUGGCAAUGGACAAUUGGAACAGGGUGAACAGUGUGAUUGUGGAACUGUAAAGAAUUGUACACAUAAAGACUGCUGUGAUCCUAAAACAUGUUCAAUGAAAGCAAAUAAACAGUGUGGCUCUGGGGAAUGUUGCACACAAGAUUGCAAGCUAAAAUCAAUUGGUAUACAGUGUAGGAAAUCAUAUGAUGAAUGUGAUUUCACUGAAUAUUGCAAUGGAGUUUCCCCACACUGUAUGCCUGACACUUAUGCACGUAAUGGACAAAGUUGUGAUUCGGGCGAUUCCUUCUGUUACAAAGGACGAUGUCGCAUAUUUACCAAACAGUGUAAAGAAUUGAUUGGAGGAGCUUCUAGAGGUGCUCCAUUUGCUUGUUAUGAUGAAGUAAACUCAAGAGGAGAUAGAUAUGGAAACUGUGGCCGAAACCAUUGUAGUUAUGCUCAUCUUCUAUGUGGAAAAUUAGUUUGUGCUUGGCCACACAAAGAAUUAGUGUCACGUGCAAAUUUAUCUGUGAUUUACACACAUGUACGGGAAGAAAUGUGUGUAUCUACAUAUCGGAACCAAAACAAGGCAAAUAAAAAUCCAUGGACAACAAUUGACAGUCCUGAAGAAAGAGAUGAUACAUUUGUAGAAGAUGGAUCUGUGUGUGGUCCUGAUAUGUACUGUGUCAACUUUAACUGUGUAGAAAUUCAAUACCAGGUAAAUUAUCAGACGUGCAAUUCUUCUCAUCAUUGCAAUAGCCAUGGAAUUUGUAACAAUUUGAAUCAUUGCCAUUGUCAAAAUGGGUUUGCUCCUCCUGAAUGCCUGGAGAAGAAGGGAGAAUUUGGAAGCAUAGAUGAUGGACACAUACCUCCAUCUGGUAAAAGUGAUUUGGGGGGACGAUCUACCACUCCUUCAAAACACCAAUUUGAACUCAUUUUCUACAUUUCUCUACCUCUGCUCAUCGUCACUGCUGCUGUUGUAAUAAAGCAGAAUAAAAUAAGAGAGCUGUGCUACAGGGGGGAAACUGAAAGUGACAGAUCUGUGUCAGAAGAAAGCAGCAGUAACAGCAAAUUAUCCCCCAGUGAAAGCAACAGUCUGUAACAACAUUGGCCUGGAGAAAGGACAUUACCAAAGAAAUCCUCAGAAACUGAACUAAACCAAGAAGGGAAAAAUAAUUUCACCCUCAACUCUGUUGGCACUACUGACGGUUUAAAGUAUGAAAUAAUAAAUCAUCAGCACUUGAAUCACCAAAA